AUGGAGAAGUCAUUGUGGGACAAGGCAGGUGAUGUUGGCGGAUUGGAAGGACUAAUUCGAUCAGGUACUCCACUGGGAUGUCCUGAGAAGAAGAAGCGUAAAGCCAGUGGACAGGGAUCCUCACUUUCUCCCUUAUCGGAAUAUGCUCCACCGACAAAUACAAGUUCAGAUCACCUCAUCGCCUGCAAUCCAUUUGAUGAUGACUAUAGUAUACCUCCGGUUUCAGGAUACACUUAUUAUGGUAAACUUGGAUAUUCCAACAUUGAAAGCUUUAAUACUUUCAGGAUGCCUCCAGAUACCUCACCAAAAAGGCCUUCUCGCAAUUUUGGCAACCAUAUGCUAAGAGAUCAGCCACCGCCUUUUACAAAAGACCUAAAGGUGAUGGGAAAAUCCUUUCCCUUUAAUUUGGCAGCACAAGAGAAAUCUAAUUUUGAAAGCGAGUCAUUUUUCUACAGCAGUUUAGGCCAAACUAUCACAAUGCCAGGACAGCACUUUAGAGCAAACCAGAAUGAUGAAGACCUCCAACGCAUGACAAGUCUAAAUUCUGCUCCAAGAAAUGACUUCCAGCUUGCUUCUUACAGGCCCCAAUGUGUUAAAAUGAAUGUUGGUCAAAUUGACAGCAAUAGUUCAUUUACACCUACCCAACCACAUUUCUUG